AUGCAACCUGAUGCAUUUGAAGGACUGGACAAACUGGUUGCUUUAUACCUAGGCUACAACUUUGUUCCUGGGCUAACGACAUACUUACAGAGACAGUGGCUGAGAUCGUUGACAGCCUUAGUGACUAUUGACCUCCGUAACUGUAAUUUAGAAACACUUCCUGAAACAGCAUUCUCUAAUAACAGAAAACUUGUCAACAUCAUGCUCAAUAACAAUGAAUUAACAGCAAUACAAGAUUCAACGUUCAACAACAUGCCAGACUUAAAGAGAGUUUUCUUGCAUUACAAUGGUCUUAUAAAGCUUCCAGACAAUAUGUUCAAUGGAUCUACAAAUAUUACAGAUUUGAGUUUUGCUUACAACAAAUUAACAUCGAUCUCACCAGACGUAGGCCUACACAAGUUAUUCUCUUUGAAAAAACUCCAUUUAUAUGGAAACUUAUUUGACUGUGGAUGUGAUCUCGUUUGGUUUCGGCGCUGGAUAGACACUGUCACAGAUGUCAUACAUGACAUUGGCAAUGUAAAUUGCUCCAACGGACAAAAUAUUCAACAAUUUGAUACGGACAAAUUGCAGUGUGCUUUUCCAGUUCUUCCGGUUACUGUUGCUUCCACAAUAACAUUUCUUAUCCUGAGCGUUGCAAUAAUAUUCAUGGUUUUAAACAGAUGGCGAAUCAGGUAUGGUAUAUUUUUGUGUAAACUCCGUAUCGGUGGUUAUCAACCCAUUAAUGUGGACGAACUUGACUAUCAGUUUGAUGCAUUCAUCUCUCACUCAAGCAAAGAUGAGGAUUGGGUAUACGAUACAAUUCAGGCAAAACUGGAAAACCCACCCUAUAAUUAUAAACUUUGUCUAGAUUUCCGCGAUUUUAUGGUCGGUGACCAUAUUUCUGACAAUAUUUUCAGAUCUAUAGAAAGGAGUCGUAAAACGGUUUUCAUUGUAACAAACAGUUUUGUUGAAAGCGAAUGGUGUUAUUUUGAACUUGAGAUGGUGUUAUUUUGA